AUGCAGACUCAUUAUUCAGAUAUAUCAAGUCUCUCAACAAAAUAUCCUCGGACCACCGGCUCUCUGUUUCUUGUCUAUAACGAUAUCGUUUACUCUCAAUUGUGGACGGAUGUGCAGGUCCUUGACUUGGAACCGUGCACCCGCGCAGCUAUACGGGGUUGUAGGCGGCUGAACGCGAACAAUACACACACUCAGAUUGCGAACAUUGUGCCUUGCACACUCUCCGAAUUAGUGUCCCUUGAAUGGCUGGACAAUGCAUUCGUUUCUCUGGAUGACCCACCGGAAGUAUAUCUGGCAAUUACUUCGGAUGAUUCAUCUAUCGUCUACUACAAAAUAAGUCGGGGUAUCGUGAAACCACCUCUGUAA